AAAAAUGUCGCUGUUAACAACAUUUUUGCUUUUCGAAGUCCCUAACAGAGUAAUGACCUCAUUAAAUCGGUUAAAAACACCAGAGCAUUUUGACAAAAUACGUGAAUAUUAUCAUCGACAAAAGUAAUUAUGUCCCCUUCAAUUUGGAAUUCGGAUUUACAAUUUAUACGUUACCUAUACUCUCAUUGUAUGUUUACCUGAUAGGGAUGGGUUUGGUGCUU